AUGCCGAAGGUAACAUUGACCUACUUCAACGUGAAGGGCCUGGGUGAAGGCAUCCGCAUGCUUCUGGCGUACGGAGAUCAGGAGUUCGAAGACAAACGAAUCACCAAAGACGAAUGGCCUGCGUUAAAACCAAAAACUCCAUUCGGUCAGCUACCAGUUCUGGAGAUCGAUGGCAAGCAGUACGCACAAUGCCUUGCCAUCUGCCGCUACCUCGGCCACAAGUAUGGUCUCGCUGGCGCCGACAUUGAAGAGGACUUCCUCAUCGAUCAAAACAUUGACUUCUUCACGGACAUCCGUCUAAAGGCAGCAGGAGCACAUUACGAACAAGAUGAAAAAGUUAAAGCGAAGAAGCAAGAGGACCUCGUCAAAAACCAGUAUCCGAUCCUACUCGAAAAACUGAACAAGAUAAUUGAAGAGAACAACGGACACUUAGCGGCUGGAAAGUUGACCUGGGCCGACUUUGUAUUCGCCGGUAUGUACGACACCCUUAAAGUGAUCAUGCAGAUGCCCGAACUCGAUGAAAAGUAUCCCAGCUUUAAGAAACUGAGAGACACCGUCAUUUCACUGCCCAAAGUGAAAGAAUACUGCGCCGCGGCGCCUAAAACUGACUAUUAG